AGGAUGAAAUAUCGGGUCCUUGUGUACUCCUCCACAGUGCCCUACCGUAAGCUUAUUCGCUUGCCGUGUGUAGCGGACCUCUCUGACGGGAGUGAAACCAAAACCACUUACAGGUCAUGCCGAAGUCUACACUCACCACUAUGUCAGGCAUCAUUGACGCCAUGGUUGCCUCUGUGUGAUCGGCCGCGGCGCAUGCAGAUGCAAGAUAGAGAAACUUCGAAUCCACUAGUAUGCUCUUUAUCGCCUUGCUAUCAGCGGCGUUCUCUAGCAAGGCUACGAGACUGGUCCCUCAGUUGAUAGCCUUGUCGCUGCUCGGUCCCGUGAUAUGGAUGUCGUCCAGAAUGUCGACGCGACGCCUUUGGAUGGCUCGUCUGUUGAUCGUUGGCACUUCUGCACAGCGAAGGCUUGAGAUUAUAUCGUUGGGAGAGCAAACGCAAGUCCUCCCUGUCGGCAAUAAUGUUCUUCUACUAUCUUAUCGCACAGCGCGCGAGGCUGGCCCGGAAUGCGGUACUUUUGAGAAAAGUACCAGGAUGCACGACAUCACAGAGUGCGCUCGAGGCCAGCCUAUUAAGCAAGGCCGCUGUGUUCCACAAAGUCGUUUGGAGUUGUGCAUGAUGCAUUCCUUGAUCGCUGUGCGUGCAGCUCGACGCCAGUUUGCUGCGUGUCGUUGAUCCCUCGCUGUUUUGGUUUGCAAGCCUGGACGGUGUGUUGGGGGCUGCCCCUAUUCGUGCUUUGACUGGCUCGCGCCACUGUAG